CCAAACGCGCUACCCCUCCGAAAGUGUGACUCGAUCGGCAUGAUCUUCCUGCAACGCGCCGUCGUCGGUUCCCAUUGUCAUAGAAAACAAACGCAACACGUCCUCUAAGUAUUAUUCUCUACAUUUUUUUUAAACUAUCCCGAAUACGUCAAACAAGGCACACGAUAAACAACACCAAAAGAGUCGCCAGAUCGCUCAACAUGUUCUAAAAGCUACCCCGUCUCAACACUUGUACGCCAAGAUGAUCCCACGAUAUAGGCUCUACUCCAUUGCCUACAGAAUAGACACAUCGACAUAACCAAAGCGUCGAAUAUUUACUGUUUACUACUAUCAGCCAACCCUACUGAUACCUGCGAACACCAAGCUAGAAUCAAAACGGAAUCAUGGCCUCCAUCUUUACUUAUGAUCCUGACCCUCCGAAGGUCUCGUCUCCUUGGAUGGAGCCCCAUGAGCCAUCUAGGUCCGCCUCUAGAACGCCAUCAGUAUCGCAUGUGUCGAUGGAGAACCCGAACCUAUUAUCCGACUAUGGUGUAACAAAGCUCCAAGCGGAACCUCAGGAGGGCCCAACCGAAUAUAAACUGCAUCUGCUGCUACGCCCGCGUCGCGCAUAUGACUUCAUGACAACUACCAACAGCGUAAAGGCACUCAAGUCUGGCCGCACGCCAGAUGCAACCACGCCAUCCAGAGCACCAAUACCCGCACCCGUCACGCCGAAUCAGCCUCGGCAACAUAGACUGCAGCACUUGACAACACAGCUGCUUUGGCGGUUACAACAGUCUUCUCCGUAUCACUCUGCCAGUUCAAAGCAGCUGACUAUGCCGAAGCUUCCAGAUGACAAUGCUGACUUGACUGCUUCUACAACACCUGCACCUCUUGUACCAGGCUUGGAGGAAUCGGGUGGUGCGCUUUAUGAAAUAGGAGUUGCCGAUGAUGGCACACUGGUGGGACUUACGAAGGACGAAAUGACCGAAAGUUUAACUACCUUACGUGUCAUGGCUGCCAGCCUUGGCUGUACGGUUGAAGUUAUGCGCAUGGUCAUUGUUGGUGAUUGUGAAUGGACAGAGACCGCUGAUCUGGUCGACACAGCGGACCAGGCAAUGACACAGAUCAAGAAGCGUGGCAAACUCUGGGUAGCUGAAGCACUAGUAACUGCUUGCUUUGAACCGAGAAAUGCGUCUGGCGCCGCGGUUGAAAGUGAGCAGAAGAGUAAAGCCGCAACGCUGUCGCAGAGUGACCAGCCCCCAAGCCGUGGUAGCUCAACAACUCCUCAGCUACGCAUAACGCUGACUGGACCAACAACAUCUGGAAAGUCGACACUGCUAGGCACGCUCUCUACUGGGACGCUGGAUAAUGGACGCGGCAAGAGUCGACUAAGUCUGCUUAAGCAUCGCCACGAGCUGGUAUCAGGCGUAACCAGUUCUAUUGCACAGGAGCUUGUUGGGUACAAGGACGGCGCCAUCCUCAACUUCCAACAUGGUAACAUUGAGUCAUGGACUGAUAUUCAUGAUCGUGCCGAGGAUGGAAGGCUUGUCUUCGUGUCUGAUUCUGGAGGUCAUCCACGCUACCGCCGCACAGUUCUUCGGGGACUGAUGAAUUGGGCGCCUCACUGGAGCAUUCUUUGUAUCGCUGCUGAUGACUCGGAGCAAAGUUCUAAGAGCUACAAUAUGACUCUGCCAACUGCAACAGGUGAAGCUACUAGUGCUCCAGCUGUUGAUCUAGUUAAAGCUCAUCUCGCGCUAUCGUUGAAUCUCGAAGUCCCCAUGGCAAUUGUCAUCACCAAAAUGGAUCUUGCAUCUAAAGCAGCCUUGCAGCAAACAAUGGUAAAAGUACUGAGUGCUAUCAAGGACGCUGGGAGGACCCCUAAAAUUUUACAACCAGACCAAAAGGCGACUCGCGACCUACUUGAAAUUCCUGCCUCGGACCGUCUGAAAGUAAAACCAGUCAUCAAUGCGAUUACAGAGGCUGCUAGCUUAACCAGCUUUGUCCCUAUUGUUCUCACAAGCACAACAACGGGAAGUGGUAUUGGUUUACUACAUGCUCUUCUAGAGAGUCUUCCCGUGCCACCAGCGCCCACAGCAUCUGAUUAUGUUGGCAUGGUGUUGAAUCCUGAACAGCCAAAAUGCUUAUUUCACAUUGACGACACGUUUAAUCUGCCCAUCUCAAACGGUGCUUUGGGUGGUGAUGCGACUGCCCGUGGAGGGCCGGGUGUCGUAGUGUCUGGACAUAUUCGAUUUGGUAGCUUCUCAAUCGGCGACAAGAUUGUGGUUGGCCCAUUUCCUUCUGAGGAUGAGGAAGUUCGUGAUCUCGCGCCUGAAGAUCGCCCUUCCCCCGGCGGGUUCGGACUAUCUAUAUCGCAUCCUGCGUCAGCAGAGCUAGCCAGGAUAGCGAUGAGAAAUGCUAUUUCAGCAUCUGAGAUCGAAGGGGAGUGGCUAAAGGCUCAUGUUGUGUCUGUACGCAAUCUCAAGUUGCCCGUCCGGACUCUUGAAGCUGGUCAAGCUGGCUCUAUAGGACUUGUCUUUGAAUCUGAUCGAGACAAAGUGCAGUCUCUAAGAGACCUGCGACGAAUUCGACGAGGCAUGGUGCUUGCUAUUCCUUCUAAGCACAUGCGAGACACUGGCUUGUCCUUGCAAGCGGCGAGCGGAUUCACAGCAACUUUUAAAGACAGCAAAACUCAAGAGCUUCACAUAGGUUCUCUUGUAAAUAUAUACAUAGCGAGCGUCCGUGCCGCUGCAAGAAUCGUGCAUAUCUCAAGACAUCCAGAUCAGGAGCCUGGAAACACAGCGACGGAGGAAUUGGGCGUGUUUAGCCUCAAUGAUGAAGAUGAGGCCUCAAAAGAAAGCUCGACGGAAAUAUCACUAGACCUGUUACAUAACCGUGAAUGGAUUGAGAUGGGCUCGAAAGUCGUCCUGCUGGAAGGCGGAACUCAGGAUAGAUCUGGGCUCGAGGGCUUCGUGGGAAGAGUUAUGGAGAUCGUGGACUAGCGCAGUGAGUAUAGUAGUCAUCCCAAGCAUAUAUAGAACAGU